AUGGCAGUGCGAAAGCGGUUCUGCUGGCGAGAGCGUAGUGAAAAGCUUAAUUGGCGGUUGCUUAAAGAUUUGGACGUGAACAGUGUGGUGCAGAGAGGUGAUCCUGCGGUACUAGAGCCAUAUGCCCUACAUAUCACGUUUGCGCGACUGCCUAUAACGCUCAAAGACUCAUCGAUACGUGACGCUUGGUACCUCGUGCGCAUCUUGCAGCUGGCCAUGGAAUUUUUACUCUUUAUGCGCUCGAGGGAUGGUGACGUGCUGGAAUCACUGAAUCAAGAAUCGCGGUUGCUGGAGCAAGAGCGGGAUGAGCUUAUAUUAAGUCUGCAAAAGUGGAAGGCCAGGGCUCAAUGUGCCGAUAAGCAGGUAAAAAAGCUGCACCAAGUAUUGCAAAAUAUUGCCAAACUGUUGCAAUUUCACGGAGCUUCACCAUCAGCAGUGGUGACGAUCCAGACGUUGCUGACAGAGAUAAUUUUGGAGAAACAAGCGAAACAGAGAAAGCGAGCGGUGAUAAAUGAACGCGAGGAGAAUCGAGACAACAUUAGUUCAGUGGUGCAGGAAGCUCGAGUUUGUGGCUAUUGUGGAAAGCUAUUUUCGUCGACAAUUUACCUGGAGAAGCAUCUUGUGCGGCGACAUAAAGGGGAGAGUAUAAAGAUGGAGGCACCUUUGACUCAUGCAAUGAAACAUGAUGUCACCGAUGAAACAGAAAAGGAAAAUAAAGUGGAACAAUCAGCGACUGAGGCUGCGAUGCAGAAAAUGGUACAGCAAAUUGAAAAGGCCCUUUAUAAGCAUGAGGAAAAGAUACAAUCGCUCGCGCAAGAUGAGGAAAAAAAAUUGGCGAAAAUCUUACAGCGACUGCAGUCAAAUGCGACAGUAGAUGAGGAAUUAAAAGCUUGCCAGAUAAAAAUCGAUCGGCUCAAUGAAGACUCAAAACGUCAACUCCAUGAAAUGUGCAAACAAAAGCAGCAAUACAAGGACGAGCUGGGUGACCUUAAGCAGCAAAUUAAAGAUCUGACGGUCAAGAAGAAGACUAUGGGAGUUCCGAAUGAUGUUAUUUUACCGCUUGUUCUAUCGCCCAAAAGUGACGAUGCAUUGGUUGCAACACAAACGGAAGUUGAUAAUUUACGACAGACUUUGAAAGAUGUAAGAGCAGAGCUUAUAUCGACACAAAGAGAAUUAACGAAAGUUCAAGCCUUACAUUUGUUGGCUCUAAAAAAGAAAAAAGUGUUGUCAGAUAAGCUGGCUUUGUCGUGUGCAAUACCUACUAUCGCACGGCAAGGAGCAAGCUCGCAAACAAAUCAUAUUCGGAUGACCAGUAAAAGUGUGCAGACGGACGCGCCGCACAACCAUUUAUCAAACGAACCAUCUACAGUUGAGCGACAAGACACAUGCACCCAAAGCGAGGAGCCUUCUAGAGUGAACGAGUUUGUGCAGACAGAACAUUCCACCAGCACAGUUCUGGAAAAAGGAUCUCAGCUAAUUUGCAAGAAAGUGGGUACAGAUCCGUUGAUAUUGAACGACAUGGGAAUUCAGACACACAAUUUUCCGGAUACACAAAAUGAUGCCGAGGCGCGAUUUGGCAUAGUCAAUGAUUCAUUUCUAGAUGAUGCACUUACACCUGUCUCCGCGUCACCAAACCAUGGCUUGUUAAUUGUCAAUUCAGGUGAAAUCGCUGAAAAAGUAGACGACCUGCAACAAACCUCACCAAUUCAGGCAGAAUUCGAUGUAGAACGCACGUACAUUCAGCAAAAGGCAAUUCAAAGCCUUCUCGAUAUUGCAUCUGGACGUGCUCAAAGCGCGGCUGAUAAAGCGAGUUCGAGCAAGUUGCCGGACUCUAAGAGUAACAGCUUGAGCUUCAGACAUAACGUUUUGACGGCUAAUUUUACUCAGCAUGACAACGAUUUGCUCAAAAAACAAAUGGCUUGUUGUCUUGAACAACUUGAGCUGUUCUGCCAACGAUGUGGUGUACCACAAAACUGUACCAAGUUAUCUGAAGAUCACUUGCAAAUCGCCAGACAAGCUUUGAGUAGACAUUUGAAAGUGCUGCCAGCGGACGUCUUGUCAAAGAUGAUAAUUUGCGAAAAUACAAUCAACGCAAUUAUUGAAAAGGAGUGGAUACUGACCAAGACGCACGCUAAGAUGCAAGACGAAGACUCAGGCAAAAUUUGA